CUAUAAAAGAGGACGGGUGCACGGUUUGAAGCAUUAGAUCGCAACGGCACGUUGGCGAAGAUCACCCGCUAGAAACUCCAGCGAGGACGCUUGUCAGCAUGAAGGCUCUGUCGGUUGCAUGUACUUUCGGUCUGGUGGUUUCCGCCUUUGGUGGCGCACUAACCACCAAUUUCGGCGUUAACGACGGCUUUGGUGGUUACCAGUCGUACCACGCACCGGUGUCUCAAGUGAACACUAUUUCUGCACCGGGCUUCGUGAAAACCAUUGCUUCACCCGCUUUGAGCACUAGCUAUACGAAAGUCUCCACCGCCCCGGCAGCAGCCACGAUUGCGUAUGCUGCGCCGGCCGCCGUACAAAAAACAAUCUCGUACAACACCCCAGGUUCAGUCGUUACCUACUCUGCGCCUAGCGUCCAAAAAACGAUCUCGUACGGCGCACCGAUUGUGCAGAAGUCUAUUUAUGCCGCCCCUGCCCCAGUUAUCUCGUAUGCCGCGCCUGCUGUACAGAAAACCAUCUCGUACACAGCUCCCGCGGCGACUAUCGCCUACGCCGCCCCUGCGUCGACUCUAACGUAUACCGCGGCUCCCGCCACGACGAUCUCCUAUGCUGCUGCUCCUGCCGUUCAGAAGACCAUCUCGUACGCCGCCCCUACAGUUCAAAAAACCAUCUCGUAUGCAGCUCCCGCAGCGACGAUCUCCUAUGCCGCCCCAGCUGUCCAGAAAACGAUCGCCUACGCUGCGCCGGCUGUCCAGUACCAGCUCAGCAACCCCGGCUUCACGAAGACAAUCCAGACUCCUUACUACUCGACUGUGGCCUCAAGCCAGGCUCUCCCCCAAGCCCAGAAGCAGAUUGACAUUGCUCAUCACUUUUAGAAGAGCUAAUGUAUAGUGUAUCAGAUGAAACCAAUGGCUAUCUAGCAUCACUGGCGUGAGAAGUUUCGAUAGGGUCGUACAGAGGCACUGAUGACAGAUGAGAACAUGCGUGAACACAUGAGCCCGCUGAAGGGCCAACAGGUGGAGAUAACUAACUUAUGGAAACUUUAUUUGAGGAGUGUGAGUAAAUUAUGUGUAUUUAAAUUUGUAAAUGAAAAAAUAAAAGCAAAAAAAAAACAGGCAUCUUGAAGCAAGAUA